AUGGAGAAGCCUGAUAUCGCGGAGUCUCCUCGUAAGCGUCAGAAGACCGACGAUGCAGGAUCAAUUGCGAUUGCCGCCGGUGGCGACGGUGCAGCGGACGCCCCGACCAGCACCGCAGUCUUCGAUGCUCAGGCUCUGAAGGAGGUUGAGGUCGGAAUCACAGAGUUCGUGAGCAACGAUACUGAAGGAUUCUUCGGUGUUUUAAAAAAGAGAUACACCGAUUUUGCGGUCAAUGAGAUCACAACUACCGGCGAAGUUGUUCACCUCCGAAACACCAAUGCGCCCAACACUUCCAGCAAGCCUGAGCCUGCGCCUGUUGCUGCGCCCAAAGCCCCCGAGACCGAAGCUACCCCGGCAAAGGCUGAGGAGCAGCCCGCGGAAUUCAAGGUGUCAGAAGAGGAUCACGCUCUUUUAGUCGAAUACUUUGGUGCUCAAAAUGCCACUGAUAUCAUUGCGCUUCACAAAAAGGCCAUGUCCAAGCCAAAGUCCCGACCAAGCGAAUUCGGCAAGAUCACUUUCCCCGUCGCCGAUCGUGACCUGCGCACCAAGAUCCACCAAGCCAUUCGUCGCAUCUUCAACUCGCAACUUGAGUCUACGACCGAUUCAGAGGGCAUGAUGGGAGUUCUUGCAGCGAGCAAUCGUUUCAAGCGCGAUGCGGGAGCGGGAGCAGGCCGUGGCAAUGGCCGAUCUAACAACAAUCGAACUAACUGGGCUGAGCUUGGCGGGCCAUACCUUCAUUUCACCAUUUUCAAGGAGAAUAAGGAUACCAUGGAAGUUGUGUCAUACAUCGCUCGCUCGUUGAAGAUGAACGCCAAGUCUUUCCAAUUCGCUGGAACCAAGGACAGGCGCGGUGUGACCGCUCAGCGCGCCUGCGCUACUCGUGUCCUUGCUGAUCGUCUUGCGCGGUUGAACCCUACUCUUCGCAAUGCCCAAGUCGGUGACUUCGAAUAUCGGAAACAAGGAUUGGAGCUGGGAGAUCUGAUUGGCAACGAGUUUGUGAUUACUCUGCGUGAGGUGGAGGUUCCCGGUGUGGAUUUGAAAGAUCCCCAGGCUGCGGUUGCCAAGACCUCUGAGGCUGUUAGCACUGCCUUGAAGAACCUCUACGAGCGCGGAUACUUCAACUACUACGGACUCCAGCGAUUCGGAACAUUCGCAACCCGAACUGAUACCGUCGGCGUCAAGAUGCUGCAGGAGGAUUACAAGGGUGCAUGCGAGGCCAUCUUGCACUAUGGCGCUGAAUCUUUGGAGGCGGCGAUGAAAGGCGAUGCUUUCACAGCGAACAUCAGCAAUGACGAUAAAGCUCGCGCUAUGGCUAUCAACAUGUUCCAGACUGGCGGCCACGGUGGCAUGAACGACGCUCUGGAGAAGCUUCCUCGCAAGUUUUCUGCUGAGCAAAAUCUCAUCCGUCACCUUGGCAGAUCCCGAAGCGAUUACUUGGGUGCCUUGCAAACAAUUCCCAGGAACCUGCGGUUGAUGUAUGUGCACGCAUACCAGUCGCUCGUCUGGAACUAUGCUGCCAGCGAGCGCUGGCGUCUUUACGGCGACAAGGUGGUGGAGGGUGACCUUGUAAUUGUUCAAGAGCACCGCGAGAAGGAAGAGACCGCUCCUGAGACUGCCGCUGAGACUAUUGAUGAGGAUGGUGAAAUUAUUAUUGUUCCCCAGGGCGAAGACAGCGCGGUUGCAGCCGAGGACAUGUUCACUCGCGCACGCGCACUCACUGCCGAAGAGGCAGCCAGCGGUAAAUACAACUUGUUUGAUAUUGUGCUUCCCCAACCUGGGUAUGACAUCAUUUACCCCGAAAAUGAGAUGAAGGACUUUUACCGCCGCUUCAUGGCCAGCGAGCAGGGUGGUGGCUUGGACGUGUCAAAGAUGCGCCGUCAAUGGAAGGACAUCAGCCUCAGCGGCAGCUACCGCAAAGUCUUCAGCCGUAUGAUGGGCAACAACUACUCGUUCGAUGUGAAGCUCUAUUCUCAGGACGAUGAGCAGUUUGUGCCGACCGAUUUGGACAUCAUGAAGCAGAAGCAAGACGUGCAGCCUGCCACGACAGAGAACACUGGUGAUAAGAUCGCCGUUAUCUUGAAGUUCCAGUUGGGCUCCAGCCAGUACGCAACCAUGGCUCUUCGGGAAUUGACCAAGGGCAAAGCAGUGGCCCACAAGGCUGACUUUGGUGGCGGCCGCUAA